GAAUGAUUCACACUGACAUCUGAAACUCGGCACCUGGUCCCACACACGGCUUGUCAGCCACAAACGCGCCGUGCAUCAUUUAUCGCGCGAAUUCAGUUCAAACGAAUGUAAAAGGCUCCACACUUUAUUGAAACACCCUGCCUCAUUCACGAUAUUGCUAGAGUCAUCGGGGAAUCGUGCUGCGUUGGAAUUCAUUGACAAUGGAGAAGAUAUUUCACUACCUGGCUGCGCUGAUUUCAAGGUUCCUGUUCUUGAUUCACGCCGUUUUAAUGAUUUGCUGGCUCGUUCUCGUUAAGGAUAACAACCUGUAUUUCAUAUUUGUGAGUCUUCUGGUCGCUCUUGUUAUAGAAACCUUUAUCACCGUGGGAUUUCGUAAAGGCCACGAAUACGCCGGGUUUUGCCCGAGUAUGUUUCUGUACCUUCUCGCGGUGAUUCCAUGUGAUUGGAUAACGAAGAGGGCGGUGAUUAACUGUAUCGUGGAAUCAAAAGCACAGGCUAACCCUGAACUCUGCCAAAAAGCGAUUAGCAGCAAUGUGGGGCAGGCGCUAGGAUCAGUCUACAAGAGCCAAGAUGACGAAGCCGUGCUGUACACGCUGGAGCAAGCGCUAGUCCUGAUCCUUGUGAUUGGUCGCUGGCUGCUUCCAAAGGGAUCAAUAUCACGUGAUCAGCUAUCUCAGCUCCUAUUGGUCUACGUGGGGAUGGCAGCCGACAUCAUGGAAUUCACGGAAAUCAUUAAGGAGGAUGAGAUUCGUAAAGUUAACAUGCUGAACAACAAUCACUUUGUGAACGCCGUGAUUCUGUUUUGGAGCAUGAGCCUGUUUCAGUUCACUUUGACGAUCUCAGGAACAGAGCGUACGGCCCAGCGUCUUGAGAAGGAAAAAGCAAAGAUUGAAGAGGAACUGCACAAAGUAAAAGAAUCGGAAAAGACAAGAAAGAGAAACAGAGUCGGCCCUGCCCUUUACGCCACCAAGGUGGCCGAAUCACAAGAGAAAAACGAAAUCCGCCUUAAGUUUAUCCAGACCAAAAAUGGACUCGAAAUUAAACCAGACAUUCCCGAAAACGACGUUGAAAAAGCUCCCGAAACCAACACUCAUCAGCUUGGUUGUAUGCAAAAGCUGGAGAGGUGUUAUACCAAUAUGGGAAAAAUAGUUAACGAGUACAUAGAACUUGUUAGUCUGCUUGUUCCGAUGUUGAUGCAAGACGGCCCUUUUUUGAUCAUUCGCUUGAUCGCCAUUGCUUAUUACGAAGUCAACCACGACACUCUGUAUUUCUUAACUGUGAAGAAUGCGCUGGUGAUAAUGCUACAGAUUUAUCGUAUUUUCGUGCUGUAUUACAAGCCCCCUCAGGAAGACCCCGACAUCUUCGCCGAGUUCGCUCGCAAGCGACUAAGUAACGUGCAGACAGCGAUACGAGGCGUGCAGAACACUAGGCUGGCUAUACGACUCGUGUCCAGGCUCCAGAAACAAGCGCGCAGGCAUAAGGCAAGGCCUGGGUACAAAGCCGAUGGAUCAAAGUAUGGAUGGGAGAGAAAUACAAUGGCUUAGGUACAAGUCCAUGAGUACUUUAUUUUAUGUACUUUAGGAAUUGUCUUUUGUGGAUCAAAAGCUCCUUCCUUUAGAUAAGCUUUUGGUUGGCCAAGCUCCCGGCCAGCUUCAAGGUUGUAUACUACAAAAUAUAUGUUUUUAUUAGUAGUGUUUAUUUGAUAUGGGCUGUGUUCCCAUUACCUGAUAAUUUGUUUUUAAUUAUUAAGAUUUAGCGAACGAUCUGAUUUAUUGGAAGAAUGCCGAUCAACAA